UCUGCUUAAUUUUGAUUUCUUUUUUCCUUCUUUUUUCUUCGCUGGUCUUCUGCGUUACGAAGGUCGUAGAAGAAAAAGCUUUGUGCGCAGGAAAAAAAAAAUAAUAGAGAAAGAAAAGAAAACACACAUAUACAAAGUAAGCAGAGAGAUACAAAGAGCGAAGAAAUAUCAAUGUUUCUUGGUUCAACGUUAAUGGCAGUUAGGAGAUUCUGUUGAUUUUUCGUCACCUCUAGAACUUACUCUCCCGCGUCUUUCUACUCCGUCUGGUUCUGUAUCUCUUCUCUUUUGCUCCAAGAACCCUAAUUUUGCUUCGGUCUCGACCCUUGGACCACCGGUACUGUCUUUGGCGGCUCGAUUCGGGAUCUACGGUGGGGAAAGCUAGCCAUGGCCGCCCCGGAAAACGCGCAAUCUAACACGAAUUCGACGCAGAGAGUGAAGGUUUAUUGUUUGAAUGAAGAUGGUAAAUGGGAUGAUCGAGGAACUGGACUCGUCAGCAUGGACUAUUUGGAGCGAUCGGAAGAACUUGGCCUAUUUGUAAUUGAUGAAGAUGACAAUGAGACAUUGCUUGUACACCGCAUCAGCACUGAGGACAUCUACAGGAAGCAAGAAGAGACAAUUAUCUCAUGGAGAGACCCAGAGCGCUCAACAGAAUUGGCUUUGAGCUUUCAAGAGACUGCGGGAUGCACUCAUGUAUGGAAUCAAAUAUACAAUAUGCAACAAAAUCUACAUUUCAAUUCUGUGAACAGCGAACCAUUUUACAACGGGGAGAGUGAGUUGAAGGAGCUUCCUGAUGUUGAGAUUUCUAAUCUCCCCCAAAUACUCAAGAUUGUUACUGAAAGUGGCAUUACAGAUCAGAUGCGGUUAGCCGAGCUUAUGUUGAAGGAUCCUGAUUUCUUUGGGAAUUUGAUGAACGUAUUUGAAAUCUGUGAGGGUUCGAAAGAUAUUGAUGGCCUUCGCAUGAUGUUCAGUAUUGUCAAAGGCAUCAUUUCGCUCAACAAUUCUCAGAUCCUGGAGAAAAUCUUAGGGGAUAAUCUGAUCAUGAAAAUUAUCGGGUGCCUUGAGUAUGAUCCCGAUGUUCCUCAGUCUCAACCUCACCGGAAGGAUCUGAGAGAGCAUGUUGUUUUUAAGGAGGCUAUACCAAUUAAAGAUCCCCUGAUCCUGUCGAAGAUACACCAAACAUACAGAAUUGGUUAUCUGAAGGAUGUUGUUUUGGAUAGAGUACUAGAUGAUGCUACAGCUGCAAACCUAAAAUCAGUAAUCAAUGCAAACCAAGCUAGUGUUGUUACACUGCUGAAGAAUGACAUCACCUUUUUCCAAGAGUUAUUUGCAAUGUUACGGUCACCUUCUACAUCUGUGGAAUCCAGGAGUAAUUUGGUACAUUUCUUGCACGAAUUUUGUAGUCUAAGCAAGAGCCUCCAGAUGGCAUCGCAGUUAUGGCUCUAUAGGGAACUUAUGAAUGCAGGAAUUUUUGAUAUCAUAACCGAAGUCUUGCAAAGUCCAGAUAAGAAACUCGUAUUAACCGGGACAGAUAUCCUCCUUAUUCUCUUGACUCCAGAUCCCAACCUCUUACGCUCUUACGUUGUUCAACCGGACAGUCGCCUACUUGGUCUCUUGGUGAAGCGAAUGAUGGAAGAUUUUGGUGAUGAGCACUGCCAGUUUUUAGAGAUUUUUCGUAUUUUACUGGAUUCAAAUGCAUUAUCUACUGGAGCUCAGCGAGCGAAUAUUAUGGAUAUUUUCUGUGAGAAGCAUCUACCUGAGUUAGCUAAUUUCAUAACUGCCUCAUGUCCUGGCGAUGCAUCUGAAUGUGCAUCCAGAAGAGUUGGCAGCCACUCUGGGACAAAGCCCAAAGUCCUAUUGGACAUUUGUGAAUUGCUGUGCAUUUGCGUUCAGCAGGAUUCAUCAAGGACAAUUCUUCUCCUAGAAAGUGUGACAAAAAACGUUUUGUUUCUCACACGGAGAAAGGAAAAGCCCGUAGUGGCUGCGGCUAUACGUUUUUUCCGCACUCUCCUCUCUGUCCAUGAUGAUAAUGUCCAGAGUUACGUUGUUAAGAACAACAUGCUGAAACCAAUUAUAGACGUUCUUGUUGCCGGUGGUAAUCAGGACAAUCUGCUGAUUUCUGCUAUUUUGGAGCUUCUUGAGCACAUACGCAAGGCAAAUGCAAGUGUGUUGCUCAAAUACGUAGUUGAUACAUUUUGGGACCAGUUGGCUCCAUUUGAGCAGCUGACUUCCAUCCAGGCUCUAAAAAAGAAAUAUGAUCAGUGCUUAAAAAGCUGGGGACCAAAGAGCACCAUUGAUGAUAUGAGAGGGAAUGAACGUGCUUUGAACAAAGAGGAGGAUAAUUACGUCAGAGGAAACAGCAAUGAAGAAAAGGUGGCUGCUGCUUCUAGUACACAGAAAGAAGAAGCUAAGCCCCAUAAAUCCAAUGUAGCAGCUGCAAGUCCUGCUUCUCCGAGGCUGAGGUCUGGAGGUUUGGUUGAUUAUGAGGAUGACGCAGAUGAUGAAGACUGUAAAUCUCCUCCUGAGAAUUCUCGGCCAGAAGCCUCAGAGGAGGGAAGGGAGGAGCUCUUUAGGCUGGAAAACAAAACCCAUUGCAGAGAAAACGAGGAAGGGCACUGUAAUAAAAAACGGAGGCUGUGUUCAACAGUUAAUGGAAACAAGAGCUCCCCAGAGGAAGGUGGCGAAGCUAGAAGCAGUGACGACAAUGGCAAUAGUUUAGAUGAAGCAAAGGACAGCAGACUUGGGACAGCAGACAAUGGAAAGCUAGGAGGAGGUGAUGAAAUUGCGUUGACACCUCCAGAAUCCACCACAUCAACAGAAAUGGAUGUAAAUGGUUACUGAGAUUAACAUUCUCAGACAUUAGGAUUUUGGUAUAUCUUAUGUGUUUUUUGUAGCUGUGGACACUUAUGUAAAGCAGUCCAAACUAAUCAGAAAGUAGGCGAGGAAGAAGAUAUAGUAUCUGGGAAACGGAAGAAAGUCAAAAAGAAAAUGUAUAGCCACUAAAAGAAAUGUUUUGAAGACAAUUCGAUGCUCUGUGUUAAUGAGUAAUCUGCAAUUGCAUUUUGUAAAAACGCAAUCUAUCUUUUUUUUACU